AUGAACAAUACUAUUGAUCAUAGUAGUAGACAUCACCGGCUAUGGACAAUUUGGUCAGUGUUCUUCACCAUAUUCUGUGGCUUGUGCUGUUUGGGGACUGUAGCAGCAGUAGUUGUUUUGGCUCUUAUUCCGAUCUAUCUAUCACAAAAAGGAAACGACAUUGUAACUGAUACAAGCUCGUCAGCAUUCGCAUUAACUUAUGGCACAUCAACGAUGGGCAUUUCAUCUUUCGAAGUGCGUGACUUAAAUGCACUAAGUACAGAGUUGAAUAAAGCGUUUGGUACCAACGAGGUUCAAGUAGUGGUUGCGAAGUAUGACUCUUCAUCAAAUGGAAAAAAGAAAAAACGACAAGCUCAACAAUGCGAACAAAGUACGAACGUAAUUGGAGAUUUUGUCAUGAUUCAGUUUUCGCUGGACUUUUCGAAAACAUGCAAGACAUCAAAAUGCCGUCAAAACCUUAUCAGUAAAGUUCAGUUGCAAAUCCGAAACUCUGCAGCGAUUACUAUUCCAAUGACAUUGGCGAACGGCACUACCAUCAAUGCAUCGCUACGUUUUUGUUCAUUAACGCAAAUCACUUCUCAAGUUUCCUUCUGCUCCAUCCUGACAGUUUGCAACUCGACUGGCGGCGGAGGCGUCUGUGAAGCGAAUGGUGGCGAUGUCACAAAUUACAAAUGUACAGGCUGUAAUUAUGGUGGUAAUGUAAUGAACGGGCCUUGCCCAAGCACACCUUGCGCAUCUGUCAAUUGUAAUUCAGCUGCUGGUGGCGGUGCUUGUCAGGCGGUUGGUGGUGGAAGUGCAAACUACAAAUGCACAGGCUGUAGCUAUGGUGCAGAUGUAACGAACGGAUUUUGCCCAGGUACGCCAUGUGCAUCUGUCCAUUGUAAUUCAGCUGCUGGUGGCGGUGCUUGCCAGGCAGUUGGCGGUGGAAGUGCAAACUACAAUUGCACAGGUUGUAGCUAUGGUGGAGAUGUAACGAACGGAUUUUGCCCAGGUACACCAUGUGCAUCUGUCCAUUGUAAUUCAGCUGCUGGUGGUGGUGCUUGCCAGGCAGUUGGCGGUGGAAGUGCAAACUACAAAUGCACAGGUUGUAGCUAUGGUGCAGAUGUGACGAACGGGCCUUGUCCAGGUACACCAUGUGCAUCUGUCAACUGUAACUCAGCUUCUGGCGGCGGCGUUUGCCAGGCAGUUGGCGGUGGAAGUGCAAACUACAAAUGCACAGGCUGUAGCUAUGGUGGAGAUGUAACGAACGGAUUUUGCCCAGGCACACCGUGCGCAUCUGUCAAUUGUAAUUCGACCGGAGGUGAAGGCUCUUGCGUUGCGGUUGGUGGCGGAGCGGCAGAUUUCAAAUGUAUGAAUUGUAGUGAUGGGACGACAGCGUCCAAUCAAUCAUGUCCAGCGCCGAUCCCGCCAGUUACUCUCUUAGUGGCACAUACUGAUAUAGUGGAUGUACAAAGUAAUUAUACCUGUCUGGUGACAAUAUUCAAUUUAACAGCUACGGAUAAUUCCACGGUUAAUAAUGUGUGCGCACUUAAUCAGUUGAAUAUCGAAGCCAAUUCGAAUGCAAGCGUCACUUCGACAUCAUCGUCCUGCCCAAAAGUAACCGAUAUCCACGCCGCAGGAACAGCAAAUGUUAAUAAUGUAUGCGCAAUAAAUUCUAUGGAUAUAAACGCAAACGAUGGAUCGGUCGUAUCUAUUAGUAAAACAGCAACAUGUCCUCAGGUGAUUACUGUCACAGCGAAUAACGCGUCUGAAAUUGAUAACAUUUGUGCUAUUAACCAAAUGAAUGUAGUAGUACAUCAAGCGGAUGAUAUCACAUUUAACUCAGCAUCGUCCUGUGCGAAAAACAGUAGUUUUGACAUGGCAUUCAUCGGUCCCGUCUCUAAUCUUUGCGCAAGUGAACAAAUGACUAUUAAAUCGAUUGACACUGAUAGUAUUUCCAUUGAUUCAGCAACUGCAUGUCCGAAACAGGUUACUCUUUCGUCAGAAAGAACGACGAGGGUUACAAAUCUUUGUUCAAGCCAACAAUUGAGUAUUACAUCAAAAAAUAUGGGACCCAUUUCUCUCAAUUCAUCAAAUGUAUGUCCCGAACAGGCUAUUGUUAGUGUCCAAAAUAUGCAGGGUAUUAAGGAUCUCUGCGCUAGUCAACAAAUGAAUAUAACAGCAAGUAACACGGACCCAAUUGCUAUUAAUUCGGUGACUGCGUGUCCACAACUAGCUGCUGUUACUACCCAAAAUAUGGCUGGAAUUACGAAUCUCUGUGCAAGUCAACAAAUGACUAUAACAGCAAAGAACAUGGGCUCAAUUUCUGUUAAUUCCGUGAAUGAAUGUCCAGCGCAGGCUGUUGUAAAUGCCCAAAAUAUGGCUGGAAUCACGAAUCUCUGUGCAAGUCAACAAAUGACUAUAACACCAAAGAACAUGGGCUCAAUUUCUGUUAAUUCCGUGAAUGAAUGUCCAGUGCAGGCUGUUGUAAAUGCCCAAAAUAUGGCUGGAAUCACGAAUCUCUGUGCAAGUCAACAAAUCAAUAUUACAGCAAGUAGCAUGGGCUCAAUUUCUAUCAAUUCAGUGACUGCAUGUCCACAACUAGCUGUUGUUACUGUCCACAAUAUGCAAGGUAUUACGAAUCUCUGUGCAAGUCAACAAAUGACUAUAACAGCAAGUUCCAUGAAUCCAAUUUCUAUCGAUUCAUCAACUGUAUGCCCACAACAGGCUGUUGUCAACGUCCAAAGUAUGUCUGGAAUCACGAAUAUCUGUGCAAGUCAACAAAUGAGUAUUAAUGCAAAUUACACGAACCCAAUAUCUAUUAAUUCAGCAAAUGUAUGUCCACAACAGGCUACUGUCAAUGUCAACUCUAUGCAGGGUAUUACGAAUCUCUGUGCAAGUCAACAAAUGACUGUUACAGCCAGCUAUACAGAUGAAAUUUCUAUUAAUUCAGCAAAUGUAUGCCCACAACAGGUUGUGAUCAAUGCUCAAUAUGCAGGUGGAUUUACCAAUCUUUGUGCGAGUCAAAGCAUCAAUAUGACAUCACAGGGAACUAGGUUGCAUUCUAUGAAUACGUCUUGGCCAUGUCCAACAUCAGCUUUUCUUAGCAUUACACUAAACGGUACAAUGACAGGCAUUUGCGCAAAUACCUCACUGAUCAUUAGUGGUUCUGACUCGAUUGUUAAUGCUAGUACAGCUCAAUGUGCAGCAUCUGUCACUAUCACGAGUACUAGUGCAUUGACAGUCAACAAUCUUUGCUCGACCGGUCAAAUAGAAAUCAAUGUUGUAAAUUCUACGGUGACUACGGUGAAAUCAACAUGUCCAACAGUUGCCAAUGUUGUAGCUGAUAUUUCGUCGGUAGUGUAUGUUUGUGCAACGACGGCCAUCAACGCACUUGUUUCGAAUGGUGCGACAUUAUAUUAUCAAGGGCCACUGAAUCAUACACAGACGAGCAAUGGUGGUCAAAUAUUGGCAUGGCCAUGA